GAAGUCAAGAUGUCGCGGAUGGUCGUGAACCAGCCGCAGCCGGUGAUGGAAUCCAGGGAGUCGGACGAGUGGGGGUCAGGGAUCUGUGACUGCUGCCAGGACGUCCCUGAGUGCUGCUGUGCUUUCUGGUGCUGUCCCUGCUUCGCCUGCAUCGUCACCAGGGACUACGGACAGUGUCUCUGUCUCCCCCUGCUGGACAUCUUUGGCCUCAUCCCGCCCGCCGCCAUGUCCCUGAGAGUCUCCAUGCGGCAGCGAUACGGAAUCAAAGACACCAUCUGCAGGGACUGCCUGUUCGCCAGCUUCUGCAACCCGUGCAGCUGGUGCCAGAUGUCCAGAGAGAUGAAGAGGAGGAAGAUCCCGGUCCUACUGGUCGGAGCCAAAACCACAUGAGAAGCACGUGAAGAAGAACACUCGACCUCUCGUCACUCGUCACAGGAAACGGACGAGGAACCGAAAGUCCAGACUGAAAAACUGCAGCAGUGAAUGUUUGCCUGAAAUAUCAAAGUUAUUUAAGUUGC